CUUCUUCUCCUCCUCUCGGCGGGCGGUGCUGUCACUCGGCGGUGCAGAGCGUUCAGUGUUGUGCUUGCCGGGUCCCGGGAUGGAGAACCUCCUGGAGAACCCGGUUCGGGCUGUGCUCUACCUGCGGGAACUGACCAGCAUCGUGCAGAACCAGCAGAGCCUCAUCCACACCCAGCGGCAGAGGAUCGAUGAGCUGGAGCGGAGGUUGGACCAGCUGGGUACCGAGAACCGGAGCCUCCGGAACCAACACCAGCCAAGCCCGAUCCCGGCACCCUCCCCCAGCCCAGCGCAGAUCCAGGCGGCCCCGGAAAGCCCCGCUCACCAACCGCAGCCUCAACUCGAGGAGCCCGAACCGAUCCCGGCACCGCGGGGGUCCCCCCAGGUCCAGCACAAGCCCCCCACCCUCUGCAAGGCCAUCCUGGGGCGCAAGACGGAGAAUGAGACGGUUUUGCACCAGUUUUGUUGCCCUGUUGCUGAUGCAGAGCAGAAACCUUCUCCACCCAGUGAUGAUUCCUGCAGUAAGAAGUUGCUGUGCACAGCCUGGGACAUUCGGGAAGACUGCCAGACAAGCGGCACCACAUUGAAGCAGCCUGGAGACGAGGAGGUGGUGACCAAGGCCAGUUUGCACCAUACAGGCUCUCCGGUGAGAAUGGGCAAAGGGAAAAACACUGCCACUUGUUCGCACGGGAACAACAACGACUAUGAGCUGUCCUUGGAUCUCAAGAACAAACAGAUUGAAAUGCUGGAGCACAAGUAUGGCGGUCACCUGGUUUCCCGAAGAGCCGCGUGCACUAUCCAGACUGCUUUCCGCCAGUACCAGCUCAGCAAGAACUUUGAAAAGAUCCGGGACUCGCUUCUUCAGAGUCGGUUGCCCAGACGUAUCUCCUUGCGGAAGGUGCGAGUGCAUAACCCCGAUAACUUUGCCUCUGCUGAAAAGGCUCUGCUCGAGAGCUACAACCUCAUGGGUAUUCCCUUGGUAAGGUCUCCUUCUCUUCCAGCCACCAUCAGCGGAGCAUUAACCGAGCUGGAAGACUCCUUCACCGAGCAGGUACAAUCAUUGGCCAAAUCUAUUGACGAUGCUCUUAGCACGUGGAGUCUGAAGACCAUGUGUGCCUUCCCGGAAGCUGGCUCUUACCAGAUCCGAGAGACUUUCAUGCAGCAGAAUCCUGAAAUGGAACCGGCAAAACGGGAAGAGCGAGAAUACGAGGAAGGGCAAUUGGGGACAUUGCCGAAGAGCAGCAGUACGUUGAUGAUGGCAUUCAGAGAUGUGACUGUUCAGAUAGACAAUAAUAAUAUCUCGGUCUCAACAUCAACUUCUCUGUCUAUGUCCAACUGUCUUGCGGAAGCUCCAAAUUCAAAACCAGAAGAAGAUCGGACUGGUGGAGAAAGCAAUCCAGAGCCCCCUUCUCAGGAAGGACCAACAAAUGACUCUCAGCUUAUUCAGAACUCCUUUCCAGAAGUCAAUGGAGAAGGGCUGGGGAAGGAGCUAGUGGGGCCUGUCCAGGCCGAAACAGAACCAGCUGACCUCUCAGAACAACUGAGCAGCAGUAGCACGUCUACCUCGGCAAAGUCUGUGUCAGAGGUUUCUUCUAAGGAGGCCUUGCAAGCCAUGAUCCUCAGCCUUCCUAGAUACUAUUGUGAGAAUCCAGCCAGCUGUCGCUCUCCGACUUUGUCCACAGACACCAUAAGGAAAAGACUCUACCGCAUUGGACUCAACCUCUUUAACGUUAAUCCUGACAAGGGCAUCCAGUUCUUGAUCUCUCGUGGUUUUAUCCCCGACACCCCUAUAGGGGUGGCGCACUUUUUGCUUCAGAGGAAGGGUCUUAGUCGGCAAAUGAUUGGAGAGUUCCUAGGGAACAGUAAGAAGGUCUUCAACCGUGACGUCCUUGACUGUGUCGUGGAUGAGAUGGACUUCUCCAACAUGGAGCUGGAUGAGGCUCUGAGGAAGUUCCAAGCACACAUUCGCGUCCAGGGUGAGGCACAGAAGGUUGAGCGCCUGAUAGAAGCUUUCAGCCAGCGCUACUGUAUGUGUAACCCGGAAAUUGUGCAGCAGUUCCAUAAUCCGGACACCAUCUUCAUUCUAGCCUUUGCUGUUAUUCUGCUUAAUACGGACAUGUACAGCCCCAGCAUCAAACCCGACCGCAAGAUGAUGCUGGAGGACUUUAUCCGUAACCUACGAGGAGUGGAUGAUGGAGCUGAUAUCCCUCGAGAUAUGGUCGUGGGAAUAUAUGAACGGAUCCAGCAGAAAGAACUGAAAUCUAAUGAAGAUCAUGUGACUUAUGUGACAAAGGUGGAAAAAUCCAUCGUGGGCAUGAAAAGUGUUCUCUCUGUCCCUCACCGGCGUCUGGUUUGCUGUAGUCGUCUCUUCGAGGUGACGGACGUAAAUAAACUGCAGAAACAAGCAGCACAUCAGAGGGAGGUCUUCCUCUUCAAUGACCUUCUGCUGAUCUUAAAGCUGUGCCCCAAGAAGAAGACCUCUUCGACCUACACGUUUUGCCGAGCGGUACCUCUCCUGGGGAUGCAGUUUCAUCUCUUUGAGAAUGAAUAUUACCCUCACGGGAUCACAUUGGUCAGUCCUCUUUCGGGAUCUGAGAAGAAGUUAGUUCUGCACUUUUGUGCUCUCGGCUCGGAGGAACUGCAGAAAUUUCUAGAGGAUCUGAAGGAAUCUAUUUGUGAAGUGACAGAGAUGGAACAGAUACGCAUUGAGUGGGAGUUAGAGAAGCAGCACGGGGUAAAGACCACCCCUGCCAAAUCAAACGGAUCUCAGCUGGACUUUCAGCCUAAGCAGGAGUCCCCCAUCGGUAAGCACGAGUCACCUGAGAAGGACACUGGAGGCGUAGUGGAGGUGUCAAUUCACAACAGGCUUCAGACGUCCCAGCACAGCGGCCCCCAGGGGUCAGAGAAUGGAGCUCCGGGCAGCACGGCUCCUAACGGGCAGCGGAAAGCUUUGCAGGCUGCCCCCUCCGACCAGCUCCUGCAGUAUCAGCAGAUUGUCAAGGUGAUUGUGCUGGACACACCCGGCCGGGCAACAUUCGCCCCCGACCAGACUGUCACCCGCUACCUGUCUGGGUCCUGCACCACUACUCCCCUGCGCAGCGUGGGAGGAAAUGUCCACCAACCCCCGUUACCCCCGCCACCACCCCCUUAUAACCACCCACACCAAUACUGCCCUCCAGGGGUCCUUCUUAGAGAACGCAGAUAUUCCAGUGGCUCCCGGAGUCUUGUUUAAGCAAUGGGUCACUUACCAGUCUUUUAGGACUAAUCUGCUUACACAUAUACCAAACCUUGCACAUCUACCACACCUUGCACAUCUACCACUUGCUCAUACCCACUAAAUCCUCAUGAGCACCCAUCCUUGCACCCACAUUCCUGCACAUACUAUAAAA